CACCCAUCCACAAACUCAAGUCUUGGCCACUUUUAUCUCCCUCCACUUCCACCUUAUUAGUCGCAUAUUCUUAUCCACCAUUUAUAAACCAACAGUAUUAGACUCAUAAAUCAUAAAAAAUAAAUAAUUAUUUAUCUUAUCCAUAACUCGCCGAGUCAAUCACCAUGACUCGGCGGUGUUCCCAUUGCAACAACAAUGGCCACAAUUCCCGGACUUGUCCUACCAGAGGUGGUGUCAUCGGCGGUGGCUCCGGCGGCGGCGGAGGUGUGCGAUUAUUUGGUGUUAGGCUUACGGAUGGGUCGAUCAUGAAGAAAAGUGCUAGCAUGGGAAAUCUCUCAUCCCUUCACUAUCAUUCUUCUUCUUCCGCUGCUGCUUCGCCUAAUCCUGGUUCCCCUUCUUCUGAUGUUCUUCGUGAAUCUAUUCAUUUGACUGAUGGUUACCUAUCUGAUGAUCCUGCUCCUGCUUCUUCUUCUGCCAAUCGCAGAAUUGAAAGGAAAAAAGGCGUUCCGUGGACAGAGGAAGAACACCGGCUUUUCUUGAUCGGUCUGCAAAAAUUGGGCAAAGGAGAUUGGCGGGGUAUUUCGCGAAACUUUGUGACAUCAAGGACUCCUACCCAAGUAGCUAGCCAUGCCCAGAAGUAUUUUAUUCGGCAGAGUAAUGCUACUCGGAGAAAGAGAAGAUCCAGUCUUUUUGACAUUGUUGCUGAUAUGGCUACUGAUGCUUCCCAUCCACUUCCUGAAGAACAAUUUAUGCUCCCACCUAGAGCAAUGGAAAGUGAUAAGGAACAGUUGACACCUGCAACAAAAACAAUCGAAACUGAUUUCGCAGAUUCACUCCCUUCCUUAGAUCUUUCUCUCAAGUCAGAUUUUGAAUCCAUGGAAACCACUCCAAGUGAACCUGUUGAAGAAACGAAACCAAAUACCACAACCAGCACGAUUCCUUCAGUAUUUCCAGCAUUCUUCCCAGCUUACAUUCCAGUUCCAUAUCCCUUCUGGCCAUCAAAUGCCUUUCCGCUCCCUGAAGAUAGAGGAGCAGAGCCAUCCCAUCAUCAGAUCCUCAAGCCAAUUCCAACUGUCCCUAAAGAACCCGUGAAUGUAGAUGAACUAGUGGGAAUGUCCCAGCUCUCUUUAGCAGACGCUGGUUCUGGCCAUAUUGAGCCGUCACCCCUAUCCCUUAAGCUAACAGCAGAACCAUCACGGCAAUCCGCUUUUCAUUCUAGCACACCAGUCAAAAGCUCAGAGAUUACCAAGGGUGAAACUGUUCCAAUUCAAGCACUUUAAACCUAUUGGGAUGAGUCUGUAUUGUUCUUUUUUCUCUUUCCUAAGGGUGUAAGUACAUGUUCUCUUUCCGCUCAUCUAUGUAACAUAGGAUAGGUACUUUCAAGGAAGCAGCAAGUAGGAGAAUUUAGCUGGAAAUUGAUUCUUUGUCAUUGUAUAGAUCUAGGGUGUCUAACAAACUUAAUACUGUGGUCUUUUAUGUAAAUUGUUGGCUUCUUUGUAAUUGCUUUUAUUUUCUCAGAUUACGAGAAAAUAAAGGGGUCCCUGAUUCUGUUCA